AUGGAGGCCGCGCGACGACAGGAGAUAUACUAUCUCCAAAAAUCACGCAUCCAAUGGUUGCGUGAGGGUGAUAGAAACACACGUUUCUUUCAUGCCUUGAUCACACAUCGAUAUCAAUCUGAUUAUACAUCUCUUCUAAAGGUGUAUGAUCAUGACACAUCCCAUAUGCAAGAGGCAGAAAUUGCGUACUUUCGUACCCUCCUUUCCUCUCAACCAAUUGAAAUCUCCGAGGAUAUUCUCUCAUCGAUUCCAUCUUUAGUCACCCACCAGGAGAUAGAGGACAUCAUGACCAUACCUACUAGAGAAGUGAUCCAAGAUGUAGUCUUCUCGAUGAGUAGGAACCGAACACCUAGACCCGAUGGUUUCCCAACUGAUUUUUAUACAUCAUGUUGGGACAUAGUUGGAACAAAUAUAGUACAUGCCGUCAAGGAAUUCUUCUGUUGCAAAGUCUUUCCACGGAGUUAGAAAGCCACCUUUAUUACCCUCAUCCCAAAGGUAACCAACCCAACUUCUUUUAGAGACUUUCGGCCCAUCAGUCUUUGUAAUGUAUGUUAUAAGGUUGUAUCUAAGAUCAUUACAAUACGACUGAGGACUUUCCUUGAUCGGCUCAUAUCUCCAGAGCAAUGCAGAUUUGUCAAGGGAUGUCACAUUCACGAUAACAUCAUGUUAGUUCAUGAACUAACACAAUCCUUUGAUCAAGACAUUCGUGGUUCUAAUGUUAUCAUCAAACUAGACAUGGAAAAGGCUUUUGAUAGAAUCGAGUGA